UUUUAUAUUGAUCGUAAAGAAAAUACCCUAUGUGAAUUUCCAGUAAGCUUGUUAACUGACAUGUGCUUUUAAAAUGUUAAAAAUUGUCAAUGAAAGAAAGAUAAAGCUUAGUAGUUAAUCAUUUUUAGAUAUAGUUUUAACUGAAUUUUUAGGUAAACAUGUCAGCAAUUGUAUUAUUUAUUCUUAUGGCUGUCUACGAAUCCAAUCAGCAAGACCCAUCUCUUGAUACAAAUGCUUGGCUUGAAAAAUAUGACAAGUACAGAAAAAUAAUAGAAGAAAAUACUGAAAUUACAAAUGAAGAUAAUCUGACGCCUGAAAUCAGGCUGCAUCUUAUAACACCUCGAAGUAAACUGUGGAAUGCCAAAUCUAGAGAUUCCCCCUUUAAAGACAGUCCGUUCUUUGCAUUUUACUGGGCUGGUGGUCAGGGAUUGACAAGGUAUAUAUUAGACCACCCAGAAAUAGUGAAGGGAAAAAGAGUGUUGGACCUAGGAAGUGGAUGUGGAGCGACGGCUAUAGCUGCGGCUAAGUGUGGUGCAAAAUCUGUUACUGCUAACGACAUAGAUCCUCUUACGUGUGUCAGUAUCGAUAUGAACGCAAAGAUUAACAAUGUCAAUAUUAAAAUCACAAAGGACAAUUUGAUUGCCAAGACUAGAAAUUUUACAGAGUGGGACUGUGUAUUUUUUGGUGACGUGUUUUAUGAAUUCGACAUGAUGAAAACAAUGGUUCUUAUGAUGAGAAAAUCUUGUGCCAAAGGAACAAAAAUAUUUAUCGGUGAACCGUGCGGAAUUUUUAGGGCGUACACCAUGACUAAUGAACUAAAACAAGUGGCUCAGUAUACUCUGCCAGAAGCAGCCGAGGAAAUGUUAGGCUACGGAGCUUGCAUAAUGAUUGACAUGAACGCUAAAGUAAACAAAGUUAAGUUGCAUAUCACUCCAAAGGAUCUUAUCCAGCAAACCAAUCUAACCAGGUGGGAUGUAGUUUUGGUGAGUGGUGUAUGGUACAAGUAUGAAGAAUUGACUUUGCUGGUGUCCAAAUUGAAGAUGGCCUUCAACAACGGAAAAUCUGUCUACCUCGGUGAUCCCUCUGGGACUAUUAAGUUGUUUGCAAAUGAAAACGAAUUUAAAACAGUCGCUGAAUAUGAGCUCAGUGAAUACACUUUUAAGUUAAUUGGCUUCAAAGAAACUGAAGUUUUGAAGCUCAGGCAUUACUUGUCUAACGAAGAGAAAAUUGUAGAAAAAUAUAAAUUUCUACUUGACGGACUCAACAUGAGCAUGUUUUGGUGA